AUUCAGUCUAAGCAGGUUUUCGAAUUCGAUGACAUCAUUUUGGAAUCUGGCAUAUUUUUUUAAUUAUAUAUAUAUUUGAUACAGGAACUCUAUGAAGUGGAGUGAAAUUUAUAAACUUUUCAUGCUCUUCCUGUUGCUGGGAGUAGAGAUCAGCCAGGAGCAGCCCACGGCGCUGGCUAAGAGGAGACUGCCGCGCGAUGAGCCCGGACCGGAUGCCAAAGGCGAUCUGAAACUGUUGCAUGCACCCUGCGAGUUCGAUCUGAUCAAGUACGCCACGAUCGACUACUUUCCCAGCCAUUGUCAGCCCGUUUACCAGAACCGACACGUCAGCGAGGACUGGUAUCGCCUCUACAGGACCUACGAUACUGAGGGGUUUGUUUUUGGCCAGUUCUACGAGCGCCUCAUGCGCCACGAAGUCGACUAAUACUAUGGAUUGGUUGGAAAGAAUAAAACCUCUAAACAAAGUCUGUGAUGUCGAUGCUGUGGUAGCGCUGCAGUGGCCCCAGUCGCGUAUGGGGCGAUGGGCGUAGACAGAUCACACACUCCUCCGUGCUGAAAGUCGAUUUGGGGAUUAACGUUUUGGGGACAAAUAACAAGUAAUCUGGUUUUUAUGAUGUGUAUAUAAAAAAAUAUAAUACUUUAAUCUGGGUUCUUAGGGUGUAAACUA